GAAGUAGUGUCAGAUUUGUUGUUAUGUGAAUGGUGAACGGCACGGGAAGUAGCUGGUAGAAAACUUAUACUCUAUUGUGAAAGCAAAUAUGAGCAAAAGAAAGGCACCAAAAGCAAGUCCUAAUUUUGAUUUUUGCGAUUUUCUGAUUGAGCUUGCUGAUUAUGAGAAAAACGUAGAAAAGAACAUGUUCAAGUCCAAAGCCUACAGGAAAGCUGCUUCAGUCCUUGCUGACCACCCAACUAGGAUUUCAUCGGGAACUGAAGCAAGAAAACUGCCUGGUAUAGGAGAACAAAUAGCAAAAAAGAUUGACGAAUUUAUCAGGACCGGGACGCUUGAAAAGUUGGAAAAGAUCAGAGCAAGCAGUGCUUCGGUUGCAAUCAACGAGCUAACUCAAGUUUCCGGUAUCGGGCCGAGUGCUGCCAAAAAGUUGGUGGAUGAUGGAAUUAACUCGAUUGAUGAUUUGAAGAAGAACAUCGAAAAGCUGAACCAUCAUCAAAAGAUCGGUCUGAAACACUUUGAAGACUUUAAAGCAAGAAUACCACGCUCGGAAAUGAAUUUCCAUAAAGAGUUCAUUCUUAAAAAAAUAUCAGAACAUGACAAAGAUUUUGAAGCCUGCAUCUGUGGAAGCUCGUUAUUGUUUUCAAGCAUCGAGUUUGCAGGAGCAGAAAGCUGUGGUGAUAUCGAUGUAUUGGCUACUCAUCCAGCUUACACUUCGAAAGCCAAAACCAAGGCUUUGAAAAAGGACAGCUUACGUGAUCUUGUCGAGAAUCUGAAAGAUGCUGGAUACAUAACAGAAACGCUGUCUUUAGGAGAAUCUAAAUUUAUGGGUGUUUGCAAGCUGCCUGGCAGAGAUAAUAGGUACUGUAGAUGUGACAUCAGAUUGAUUCCAUUUGACCAGUUUUACUUCGGGAUCCUCUACUUUACGGGUAGUGACAUAUUCAAUCAGGCGAUGCGCCAAGAAGCACUGGAAAAAGGCUUUACUUCGAAUGAAUAUUGUAUAAGGCCACUCGGAAGUACUGGCGAGCCGGGAGAGCCUUUGCUUGCGGAAAGUGAGAAAGACAUUUUCGAUAUAAUUGGAAAAGAUUAUGUAGAACCAAUGGAUCGAAAUUUAUAGCCUUUGGUUUCCGUAUGUCAGUUAUCAUUCGUAUUUAUAUCAUGCUUGCAUUAUUCUAUUAUAUUAUAUUAUAUUCAUGUCUUUAUAAAUUGUAGAACAUACUGAGAUGUUAAUCGUUUUUAUUAACUUCUAAAAAUUUUGCUAAAGGAUCAAAAGGCAACUGUCAAAAAUCAUGUUUUGGCUAAAAUGGUAAAUUCGAAUCUAGCAUAAAAAUAAGAAUAGCACGGACUUGUUGAAACGUGUCAUAGUACGAUAUAAUCAGAUGCGGCUCUGUUGAGGAAGUUGAGGAAACCAAUGCUGAAUAAACUUUCUCUUUUCAUCUAAUUUUCAUUAUUAAGUAAAUGGUCAAAUAAUUUAGGUGUUAUAAAUAAUAAACCAACCCUGUUUGAAAAGUCCCAAAGUUUCCUUAUUUCCAGCAAUCUUUAACGCUAUAUGGGAAUCGAGAUUCUAGCAAAAAUAUGCCUCAAUUUUUGAUAGAAUAAAUAAACAUUUCAAAAUUUUAUUCUGUGCUUUCUGACGGUAAAGUCACGACUAAGACCCAGUUUACACGAGAGCGGAUCCGAACCGGAUCGGAUCCAAGAGAGUACGGAUAGGCCUUGUGUUUACACGGGAACUGGUUGAUCCGUAUACUUUUGGAUCCGCUAUCCGAACACUUUUGGGAUCGCUUUUAGAGGUGAUCCCGUAUGGAAAAGUAUCUGAGAACUUUUGGAUCCGAUCUGGUCCAGGUCUCGUGUAAACGGGGUCUAAAGCACAGUUAAGCUGAAAGGAAGAAUGCAUUCAAAAAAGUGGAGCAGCUGGAUCUAAUUAUGAACUCCUUGAAGAUUUACUGGCGAUGUCAUUUGCACAUAAUCCAAAGCUGACAGAAUGUUUGAAUGAGUAUUUUCUCCUUUUUUCUUCUUUUAGAUAACGCACCAAUUAGGUUCCCUCCCACUGCGCUGCAGAUGAAAACAUGAGUAAUCGCCCUAUUUAACCAUUUCGCUAAACUUUUUCAACGGCGGGUCAUUUAGGAUGCUGCGUAGGCAAGGCGGGGAACUUGAAACAUAAAAGAUUGAUGGAGGACCAAAAGCGUCACCAUCUUGCUGUCUUCCAUAUCUAAAAACUUAUAUUUUCUCCUAAAACGUAUCCCCUAUUAGUUUAUAUGUCACUAAAUUUAUACUACUUACUUGUUAACCAACAUGAAUGUGGUUGCAUUCUUGACUUUUUAGUAAUCGAUCGCCAUCGAUCUCUGGUAUGAAUUUUUCGCUUUUUGUAUUGUUUUGUCCUUGACAAACGAAUGCAAAGGCAAGAAGCACGAAAGUUUUGAAUAAAGCCCAUCACUCUCAGAAAAAAGCCCAUCAUUUUUCUUCUCCCUUUUCAAUACAAGCAUACUUGUAUGUGCAAGCGAUAGUUUCUUUUAACCCAGUUUCACCAAGGGCUCGGCUAUGUGAGAAAUAAUGUUUGGCCAACCAAGGUUUGUUUUAACCCUCGAUCUUGAACCAGGUUAAAGAGUCCUGCUUUGUGAAGCUUUGUUGGUUGCAAAAUAACUUUGCUUUUUCAACAGAAAAUGUCAAUGUGCUGUGGCUAACUCAAACCCCUGGUCCUUUCCAUUUUCUAGAGUUCGUCCAGCUCUGGGGCAGGACGACGGAACCUUAGUGGGAUUAGUGAAAAUCAGCAUUUGUUUACUAACAAGCUUUUGUCUAUGAACAAUAGAGAUUAAGUUUGUCAGAAGUUUUUCCUGAAAUCUUGUUCAAUGCUCCCAGGGCCAUUGAUCCGUGGUAAAAUCGUUAGAUGGCUUGUAGAUUUGUUAGUUAAUUGGAAAAAUCGUAGGUUUUUGGCAAGCGUUUGUUAGUUGGUUGGCCGAAUCUUGUAAUGUGGCUGUUCAGCUAGUGUGCUUGACAAGAAGCUCGUUAAUUGGUUUGAAAAAUCUUUGGCUGGUUUUUACACUGUUGCUUGGUUCACCAAAUCUAUCAGAUGAUAAGAUAAUAAACACCGCACCGUACGCACAAUAAACAACAACGCAUAUUAUAUCAUAGCUGGCUGAUACACUGUCGUUAUAUAGUUGACAGUUUUCAUUGUUUGGCACACAUGUUAGUUGGUUUUAAAACUUAUAAAUGUGUCUGCAAUCUCUCAUUAGCUGACUGGCAAGCCAAUUUGUUAGUUCUAUACUCUCCAUUAUAUGGUUUUGCAAGUUGGUUGGCAAAUUUCAUAAUUGUAUGAGAAACAUGCAAAUUGUUUGGCUAAUUAAUAAUUGGUUUUCCAUAUAUUUGAAAUCGUUGGCAAGCUUUCAUUAAAUGAUAUGCAAGUUUGUUAGAUGGUUGGCAAAUUCGCUAGUUGGUUUUAAAAUUCAUUACACUCCUUUUUUUAUAAGAACCAGUAAAUUUAAGUUCAGGCCGACUGUUCUCAAUUUUUUUUGAAAAUCCGAGGCUGGAUUGUUCUCAAUCUAAUAGGAUGUAAGCAGUGCGAGUGAAAGCUUUUUCGCUCUAGGGUGCUGUCCAUUUGCCAACAAAGUGAGUGAGGCAGCCUUAAUUUGCUGACAAAUUUGAAUAUUCACCGAAAAAGCACCCACACAUCGCUAAAAAUCCUCGAUUUUGAGAAAAAACGUUGUUCAAAAUUGCAUUUUGCAGAGGCUAAGCCUCAGCUUGUUCUUAAUUUGUUCUUAACUUAUGACCAAUUUUGAUGCUCGUUUUCCUUUAAAAUUGUUAUAAUAAAAAAGUGUGUAGAUGGUUGGCAAACUUGUUUGUAAGUUUUCAAAUCUUCGUUAGAAGAAGGGCAAUUUUAUUAGUUGGUUUGCAAGUAAGUUUGUUGGUUUUCAAAUUUCAUAGCUGUUAGGCCAACUUUUUGGUUGGUUGGCAAGCUGUCAUUGGAUGCUUGGCUGUAGUUGUUUGGCAAAGUUUUAAGUAGAUUUUCAAACUUGUUAGCUGGUUAGGAAGCUCCCGUUAGAUGAUAAGCAGUUUUUCAUAGUGAUUUGCCUACAUGUUAGUUGUUUGGCAAAUUUGUUUGUUGGUUUUCAAACUCAUUGCAAUGUUCCAAAACCUGACACUUUUGUUAAUUGUUUGGGAAACAUGUUAGUUGGUGUUCAAACUCUCAUAAGAUGAUUGAAGGUAUUGUUAGUUGGUUGAAAAAUUAGCUAGUUUGUUUUGAAACUUGUUUCCCAAACCUGUUUGUUAAUGGCCAACCUGUUUGUUAGCUUUUAUACUCUCAUUGAAUAAUUGGCAGCUUUGUUAGAUGAUUGGCUGUUUUGUUAUUUGGUUGGCCAAUUUGAUAGUUGUACGGCAAACAUGUAAGUUGUUUGGCUAAUUUUCUAAUUGUUUUUCCAAAUAUUUGAAAUCGUUGGCAAGCUUUGAUUAGAUGAAUGCCAGUUUUGUUAGUUGGCAAACUUGUUAUUUGGCAAACUUGUUUGUGGAUUUGCAAACUCUCACUAAAUUAUUGGCGAUGCUGUUUCGUGGUUAUCAAACAUGUUUGCUAACUGUUUGACCAAUUUGUUGGUUGAUAUUAGCAACACAUGUAAUUUGAGAACUGUUGAACGUUGGAUUUUUUUGUGGAAUUUUUAAGUGGAAUUAUUGACGAAGAGACAUCUUAGAGAGGCAUUUUAGAUAUUCGUUUUAAGAUAAAUUUGGAUAUGAAUUGGUUGGAUUUUUUGGUUAAAGCAUUCGUUAUUUGUUGUGAUUUUUUUCCAUCUUCACCACAGUACUGUUAAUUCGUAAUUUCAUCCCCGUAUUAUGUCAUGCGUACUAAACCAUUUUUUCGACGUAAAGGGCAAAGUAAGUUUAAAAAGUUAUUUAUCCGCCAAUCUUUAUGUGUAAAUUUCAGUUUUUUCGUAGCUCAGAAUCGCUAAAAGCAACUAAAUUUUAGUAGGUUGAUAAAACUUUAGAUUUACUUCUGUGUACACCUUUUCGAUAUUCGCGCGCUUAAUUUGCAUGAAGAGAGUGGGGCGAGAAUUUGGGUGAAAAAGUUGCCACGGGCCUAUAUUUUCAUAUAGAUGUGGCGUUAAAUGGCGACUUAUCACUGCUCGAAUUUACAACAAAAGUAUUCCAAGUUUUGUGGAUUUGAUUCUUAAAUAUCUUUCGUAGUAUUUAAGUCGAGAGUAAACGCCUUAACUAUUUGUAAACAUAGGCCCGUGGCAACUUUUUCACCCAAUUUUUCGCCCCAGUCCCUUGACGCAAAUUAAGCGCGCGGAUAUCGAAAAGGAGUAUUGACCAAUGUUUUCUAUCUCGGAGGACUAGGAACUAUAUUAGUGCCCGUCUUGACAUAAUUGAAAGGAUUUGCGUACCAAGCUGCUGAAGUUGCUAGCAUCUGCCUGCCCUUUAACGCCAACAAAUUCUGCAGAGACAAAUACUGAACACAACACAUGUUUCUUGAGAAUUAGCAAAUGCAAGUUCUGUGUUUUUGUUGCGAAUUUGGGCAGGUGAUUGAUACUGCUCAUCCGUAGAGCGAUUCUCCUGUCUUCCUUACCUCAUGGGCAGAAUGAAUAAGUCGAUUCAUAAUGUUGAAAUUGGUUUCACAAGUUUGUUUGCGUCUGUGAUUUUUCAUUAUUGAUUUUUAUUUUCAUGUUGUAUUCCUUUUAACCCGAGGUUCUCCAUUUUCAAAUAUGUAUCGACAAAGUCUAAUCCAAAAGGUCACUUGCAUU